AAGAAUGAGAGGUGGAGCUAUGAGGCAGGAGCAACCCCUCUUAAUCUACCAAACAAAUCACAUCCUAAUUUCUGAACACUAGAUAUUGCUUAUAAUUAUUAUUAUUAUUAUCAAAAGUACAGUGAUCAUGUUUAGUGUGCCUAAAUACGGGUGAACCAUCUUCCCCUCCGCACAUCAAUUUAACCUUCACAUUUUGGCUCACUAUAUCUAAUCCCUUCCCUUCCAUCAUCAAAAACCCAAAGUUGUGAAUCAGAAUUCUCACACCCUAAACCAUUAGUCCCCUGUUUUAGAUAUUCAAUUGUUUUCAUGGGAAUGACAAGACCAUCUGCAGGAGCUCUUGUGGCAUGGUUGGCUGUUUUGCUAGGGUAUGUAGUGGUCGUUAAUGGUGAUAAUUUUAACUACAAGGAAGCUCUCACCAAGUCGCUCAUUUUCUUGGAAGCACAAAGGUCAGGGAAACUCCCUCCCAAUCAUAGAGUAGCCUGGAGAGGUGAUUCUUGUCUCAAUGAUGGCAAAGAAGCAAAUAUGGACCUCGUUGGAGGAUAUUAUGAUGCUGGUGACAAUGUGAAGUAUGGGUUACCAAUGGCCUUCACAGUCACCACCUUGGCAUGGUCUGCAAUUGUUUACAAUUCCGAAUUAAAAUCCGCCGGUGAGUUAGGAAAUACUCAAGCUGCCAUUCGAUGGGGAACUGAUUAUUUCCUGAAAGCCGCUUGUAAACGUAACAAAUUGUACGUGCAGGUUGGUGACCCUGAAAAAGAACAUCAAUGUUGGGUAAGACCAGAGAAUAUGAAGCACCCAAGACCUGUUUUGGAAAUCAAUGAGAAGGCACCUGGAACCGAGAUUGCAGCUGAAACUUCAGCCGCAUUGGCUGCUUCUUCUAUAGUCUUUAGACGCAUUGAUCGUCCCUAUGCACGUCGUCUCCUUAACAAAGCCAAAAUGCUUUUCAAAUUUGCUAGAGAACACAAGGGAUCUUUCGAUGGAGAAUGCCCCUUCUAUUGCUCUUUCUCUGGCUAUCAUGAUGAGUUGUUAUGGGCGGCAGCAUGGCUAUACAGUGCCACACGCGACCGCACUUAUUUCAAGUAUGUCACGGAAGAAGCACUUCAUGCGGUUGUGGAUGAGUUCAACUGGGACCUCAAGUAUGCUGGUGUCCAAAUCCUCCUUUCUAAGUCUUUCUUUCAAGGUGGCCGUGAUAUGCAGGCCUACAAGGAGCAUGCUGACAGUUUUAUUUGUUCAGCCCUUCCUCAAAGUCCUUACCACAAAAUUCCCAUGACUCCAGCUGGUCUGGUUCAUUUGAGAGAUGGAGCCAACCUUCAAUAUGCUACUGGAAUUUCUUUCCUCUUCAGUAUCUAUGGCGAUUUGCUUCAAAGGUUCAACCAAAAGGUCCAAUGUGGAGACAAACGUUUUGACUCUACUCACCUCUUGGCUUUUGCAAAGCAGCAGAUGGACUACAUAUUAGGUCAAAACCCACAAGGAAGAUCGUACAUGGUUGGGUUUGGGAAGAAUCCACCAAAACAAGCGCACCACCGGGGUGCCUCAAUCCCAUUAUCGGAUGCCAAUUCAGAGGUGAACUGCCCCAUGAGUUUUGUUCGUUGGUACAACAAAAAUACACCCAAUCCAAAUGAGUUAACCGGCGCCAUCCUAGGUGGACCUGACAACCAUGACAAGUUCAACGAUGAACGCUGGUCAUCCGUCUACACCGAGCCAUGCACUUACAUUAAUUCUCUAGCAGUUGGGGCCUUGGCCAAGCUCACCCGCCCACUGCCUGUUAAAUAACUCUUUAGUUUUGCUUUUAUUUUCCCACAUGAAUUUUGCCAAAUUUUUAGCAUGUACAUACACUUGUCAUAAAGUAUAUAUACAAAGUAGCUGCAACAGAAUAAGGAUACUGCGCAGAUGUUCAAAAUGUAAAGUUUUGAACAUAGAUGUAAUUUUUGUAAAAAGAAAACAAGUAAUUGAGUUAAAUUUUGAGUGGUAUAUACGUGAGUCAUAUAAAUUAAAUCCAA